AUGCCUACCAUCUCUGUUAAAAAGCAGCAAUUAUUCGACCUUUUAGGUAAGAAUUACACCAAUGACGAAUUCGAUGAAUUAUGUUUCGAAUUUGGUGUUGAAUUAGAUGAAGACACAACUGAGGAAGCUCUAAAGACUGGUGAAGAACCUGAAUUGAAAAUUGAAAUUGGUGCCAACCGUUACGAUCUAUUGUGCAUCGAAGGUAUUGCACAAUCCAUUAAUGAAUACCUGGGUAGAGCUGAAACUCCAAAAUAUAAACUAUUGAAACCAACCACUAAGUUGAUCAUCGAUAAAGAAACUGAACAAAUUAGACCAUAUGCUUCAGCUGCAAUUCUAAGAAAUAUUAAGUUUACUGAGGAAUCUUAUGCCUCUUUCAUUAAUCUUCAAGAUAAGCUACAUUCCAACUUAUGUAGAAACAGAUCUUUGGUUGCUAUGGGUACCCACGAUUUGGACACUGUAAAGGGCCCAUUCCAUUACAGAGCUCUACCACCAAAGGACAUUAAGUUCGUCCCAUUGAACCAAACAAAAGAAUUCAAUGGUGAAGAAUUGAUUGAAUUUUACAAAUCCCCAGAACAGAAGAACAACAUCGGUCGUUUCACUCACAUCAUCGAAAACUCCCCAGUUUUCCCAGUCAUCAUGGAUGACAACGAUACUGUCUGUUCCUUACCUCCAUUGAUUAACUCAGAACAUUCUAAGAUUUCUCUAGAGACCCGUAAUGUUUUUAUUGAUAUCACUGCCACCGACAAAACAAAGGCUGAAAUUGUUCUAGAUACUUUAUGUGCUAUGUUUUCCCGCUACUGUGAUGAAGAAUUUAGCAUUGAACCAGUUGAAAUUGUUUCUGAACACAAUGGUCAAUCCCGGAUGGUUCCAAAGGUUGAAGAAAGAGUCAUGGAUGUUUCUAUUCCAUACAUAAACUCUGCUCUAGGUCUUGAACAAACUCCAGAAGAAAUUGCUGCUUGUUUGAAGAAACUAUCCCUACAUGCUGUCGUUUCUCCAAAAGAUAAUAAUGUUCUAAGCGUUUCCAUCCCAAUGACCAGAUCUGAUAUCCUACAUCCAUGUGAUAUCAUGGAAGAUGCCGCCAUUGGUUACGGCUAUAACAACCUACCAAAGGGUAAACAAUUGUCCAAUGCUAACUUUGUUGCUUCCGCUCUACCAAUUAACAAAAUUUCCGACAUUUUCAGACUAGCCUCCUCCCAAGCUUCCUGGUUAGAAGUCAUGGCUUUGACCCUAUGUUCACAUGAUGAAAACUUCAAGUUUUUAAAGACUGAAGAUGACAACACAAAGGCCGUUAAAUUAGCCAAUCCAAAGACUCUAGAAUACCAAGUUGUUAGAACGACUUUGCUACCAGGUUUAUUAAAGACUGUUAAGGAAAACAGAAAACACACACUUCCAAUUAAGGUCUUUGAAAGUGGUGAUGUUGUCUUCAAGAAUGAAGCUCUUGAAAGAAAGGCUUACAACGAACGUCACUGGGGUGCUAUCUACGUUGGUAAGAACUCUGGUUUUGAAAUCAUUCAAGGCCUUUUGGGUAAGAUAAUGCAAACUUUUAGAACACAAUGGAUUGCUGAUUACGGUGCCGCAACCACUGGUAGAGGUUACUGGAUAGAACAAGACGAUUCUGUUAAAACUUAUUUCCCAGGUAGAGGUGCUAAGGUUAUGUUCAGAAGUAAAGAAGGUGAAAAGGCUCAACAAAUUGGUCAUCUCGGUGUUCUACAUCCAGAGGUCAUGAACAACUUUGAUGUCCCAUUCGCUGCUUCUUAUGUUGAAUUAAACUCUGAAGUAUUCCUAUGA